UGCCGGACUACAGCUCCCGGCGUGCCGCGGCGGGGCGGGCCGAGGGGCCGCCGGGAGCGCACGGGAGAGCACCGGGAGCGCGGCGGAGCGAGCGCCGGCCCCGCCGAGCCGAGCCGAGCCGGGCCGGGCCGGGCCGGGCCGGAGCGGGCGGGAGCGGGGCUGCUGCCAGCCAGGAGGGGCAGGAUGAACGUGGGCACGGCGCACAGCGAGGUGAACCCCAACACGCGGGUGAUGAACAGCCGUGGCAUCUGGCUGUCCUACGUGCUGGGCAUCGGGCUGCUGCACGUCGUGCUGCUCAGCAUCCCCUUCUUCAGUGUCCCCGUGGUCUGGACUCUCACCAACAUCAUCCACAACCUGAGCAUGUACAUCUUCCUGCACACCGUGAAGGGAACCCCCUUCGAGACCCCGGACCAGGGCAAGGCCCGGCUGCUCACGCACUGGGAGCAGAUGGAUUAUGGAGUCCAGUUCACCGCGUCCCGCAAGUUCCUCACCAUCAUGCCCAUCGUCCUGUAUUUUCUAACCAGCUUUUACACCAAGUACGACCGGAUACACUUCAUCAUCAACACCAUCUCCCUCAUGAGCGUCCUGAUCCCCAAACUGCCUCAGCUCCACGGAGUGAGGAUCUUUGGCAUCAACAAGUACUGAGCAGCGCGGCCGGAGCGGAUGGCGGAGCAGCGGGGCCCGGGGGGCUCCUUCCCUCCAGCCCCUUUUCCUCCCCACACACAGACUGGGAUGUGGUUUGGCAGUGGCCGUUUAAAGGCAGAUCCCAACAGACACAUUCCGCAUGCUGGAUCCUCGUGCCCAAUAAAUCCAAACCAGCUCCAGAGUAGAGUUUAGCGCGGAGCAGGACGUGCGACACCGGAUUUCUCUUCUCCCAGGGUCAUCAAUAGAUGCAAAACCACUGAGACUUUGAGGUACAACAAGGAUGAAUUCUGGGAAGAGUCUCAUCUAUUCCAGACAUGGAAUGACGAGGAUAGGGAUGAGGGGAAAAGCUUUUAGUGCUGGUACUAUUGCUGUGGUAAAUGCACUUUAAAAUACAUUUCCCUUCCUGAAGCUGGGUGCUUUGAGCAGAAUGUGAGGGAAAUAAUUUCCAAAGGGAUACAGCCAGACUUUCCCAGGACUGGAUGGUUUUGGGGUCUGAUUUCCAGUUUUAGGCGGGAAGUGGGAGGGGGAAGUGAACGACAGAUUUUUAUUUUGCAAUCUUUGACACCACUGAGAAGGGAAGUUCUUUUCCUAAAAAGAGCACAGGAAGAAGUGACCUGCAGUUUGACAAAGCUUUUGAUUUCCUACAUCACCAUCCGUGUGGUCCAGGGAAAAGGUGGAUAGAUCCAAAAUCAUGCUUGUUACUUUCAGUUUAUACCCAAAUCUGCCCAGGUAACUCCUCUCCCCACCCCAAACUGCUGUUUUUAAGUGCACAGGGGCUCAGUGGGCAGGUGAUUUAAUGACUGACACCAAAGGCCAUGGAGCUCUUUGGAGCAUGGACAUGGACAGGUGUGGGAGAGGCUGACUGGGCAGGUACAGGAGGAGGGCUGAUUGCUCUAAUCAAGCAGGCAGCCAUCCUUGACUUGGAAUUUUUCUCCUCACUUCAGCUCCUUGGUUGUUUAAGUGCGUGUGACUGGGAUUUGCCAGUUCUGCAUGGACUCAAGGGUUGGAUUUCUGGCUUAGCUGGAAUCUGUCCCUCAGCUCCAUGCCCAAGGGCUGUGUGAGCAGCAGCACCAGCAGCAGAUGAAUUGACCAGCAAAGGAGUCAAUUUGUCACUGAUAGUAGAUCCUGUCACAGAGGAACAAAAUCAAGCCUUUUUCCUCUAAAAUCACCACCUAAAUAAAGCAGGCUUAGGUUUCCUGGCUGAGACAGCUUUUACUGUUUUACUGAAAAUCAGAAUGACCUGAUUUGCCUUUGGGUUGUGUCCCAGAUGGAAUGGGCUUUCCCUCACUCUUCCCCUGUAACCCCAUGAAAACCUAUAUUUUUGUUGUCUUAGUGCUUAUAUCGUUUCACCUUUUUUGACAAUUGUAUAAAUCUUUUAAAUCUGCAUUUUUUUUUUGUCCUUGCAGUAGCAAAUCCAGCUUUAGAGACCGUGGUGGAGAGUGUUGAGGAUUUGGAUGGUCUGAGCAUAGGACAUGGAAGGGGGAAUUUUUAGAUCUGUUACUACUCCAUGCAUAUUUUAGCCAAGUUGCUUCACUUCUCUCUCAGACUUCCUUUGGGACUGCUACAGGGAAGGGAAAAUAUGGAGUGUACCUCAAAGGGCUGCUGGAAUGCAGGGAGAACCAUCCCCUAAUGUGUUUGGAAAGUGGAAAUCCGAGUGAAAAUGAAGUUUUCAAGCAGGUAGAAGGAGAAGAGAAUCUGGCUGGAGACCCCAGGGAAUUGACAGAUGUGCAAUUUCCUUGAUGGGCAGUUUAAACCUUCAAACCUAGGAUAGAAGAGCUGCUGCUUUAGCUGAGGUACUCUCUACCCUAAUCGGCUCUUUAAGCUACUAGACAAUGAUAAUUGUGAUAAAAAUAGAGAUAUUUCAUCAAUCAGCUGGGAAAUGACACAGACAUGGGCAGUAUUCCUGCAGGAGGGCAGGUCCUGGCAGGGUGCCUGAGGCUGGAGCUGAAAUUCUGAUUGUGGUGCUGAACAGACCUGAGUGUCUGCCCAGACACCACUUCCAUCUCCAGGGGAAAUGAAAGAAAACUAAUUAUUGUCAUAGAAAACAUGGGGAAAACCAUCUUUUUUGUAACAGAAACAGCCUCUAGAUGCUUUCAGACAUGCCUUCUCACAGACAGACAUAUGCUGGGUAUUUCUAAGCAUAUGCACAUCACAGAUUUGUAAAUUUAGAAUAAUUAUCAAUUGAAAGGAUCAGCUUUUUAUGAGAUUCAGCAAUAACACAGCUGUGGGUUUGAACACUUGUGUGGUCACUGACACUAUCUGACCCUGUUUCCUUAAAUUAAAGAUCAGCUGGGACUCAGAAUGGGAUUAUGAACUUCUCAAACAAGCAGGUUCUAAAGCAUAAAGCCCCAAACUUGUAAUUAAGACUCUGCUUAGCAACAAAAGUAAGUAUUUUUUGAUUUCUCUCCUUCACACAAAUGAUCAAAACAGCCAAUGGCAGAGUCAUGACAUGACACUCUUCACAACACAGGUGUGGCAUUUUUCCAUGGAAUAACUGACAUUAAUUAGGACUCAGUUAAUCCAGUCAAGGGAAAUGUAAAGGGAAAUAUAAGUAGUAUGGAAAGAAGCAAGUUGAAGAAAGAUUUCAUGUUCUAUUGUGGUGAGUUAAGUAUUUAUAUAUAAUUAAUAAGUAUUUGAACAAUUGCACGUGGGGUAGCAUCUUCCUUAAGAUCCCAACUUAAGGGUAGGUGUCAGGAUCAGUCAAAAAUCAAAAGCAAGAAGUCAGUUGUAAUUAAACCACCAUUUCUGGGUGUACCUGAGGCAGUCUGAAGUGAAAGGACAGCAUGAGCAGCUUGAGGGGUGGUCAGACAUGUCCUGGCAGGGGACAGAUCAAGGGUGAAUCCACACUGUGGGAGGAGAAAGGAAACAUUACCAGAUGUGGUGCUGCAGGGAGGAGAUAACUGAUUGUUACUGAUUUUAAAUGGGAUUCUGAUCACACCACACUUGACAGAUUUCCUCUCACACUGGUCCUGUAUCAUGAUCAGGACAAGUUCCUACCUGGAGAGAUCAAAUCUCCUGUGAUGGAAAAACAACCCCUGGUAAGUUAUUUUAAGCUUUUCUGUUUUGGUGUGCAAUUAAAGAGAAAAACUUCUGAAAGGCUGGAAGCCUUCCCAAGAACUGGCAGCAGCCUGUCCCAUCUUGUACUUGGCAAAGCCCCUCAGCCACUGUCAGCACCAUGCAGCCCCUGCUCCAGGACUCUCAGCAAACCAGCAAGUCCUCCCAGCCUGCUGCUCCUGAAUCAGGGAUCCUGACCUGGGAGUCCUUUCACAGAGCUACCAGGCUGGCAAACAGUCCUAACCUUUGCAGGAAAAAGCCUAUAAAAUUAAAAUAAAUGGAGGGCUACUUAUUCUCUUUUAUGUUUGAAUCACUGUUCAACUUUGGGUUGUUUUUAGAAGCUCGGUACUGGCCCUCAAGGAGGGGACAGCAGUGGGUUAACACAUUAAUAUUCCUUCUUGUGACUUAUGUUGCUUUAUCAUUGCCUAGAAUAUCUUUUAAGCAUGUGAGUGUUGGUGUGUCCAUACCCUCCUUGGAUCAGUUAAAUCAGCAGAAUUAGUUGGGAGGGUUUUUAAAGGAAUGUUCUGUACAAAGUUUUAGGGGUUUUUUCCCAUAGCCUUCUUUUUGCUGUGGAUACAGGAGUCUCAUGUAGAGAACUUUCUAAAAUAAAGUGUGAAUAUUUUUAUUACUCCUUUGUACAGUAUUCUAAGAGAGACUAAUAAAACUGAAGUAUUCAGGUAAAAA